AAGAUGCGUAGAUAGACGCGAGAUUGGAUCCAGCGUUAACCACGGCGUAUGAGAUGGCGCGCUUUGUCGAUGGACGUGGUCGAGAUGUAUCGAGCAGCCGUGUUGAGAGUCACGGCUGAGAUGAUGAACCCAACGCUACAAAAUAUCUGCGGCCAAACAACAUGCAGCCAUCGCUCGUUCACACGAUCGCUAUGCCAAGAGUUCGUGAUACCCAGUGCUGCAGCAAACACAUAAGGCGGCGCAGAGAGCAGAAGAGUGAUAGUCGAGCUAUAACCCAGCGUCUUGACAAUAGUAGGAAAGAAGUUGGUAAAGGCUGCUGCUGUGUUGAGACCAAGCUGCAUGAUCCAGAUCAUGUAAAGCGCUGGAUCAGUGAAGGCCAUUUUAGCACCCUCCCAAGCUGAUACAUCAGCUCUGUCAUCUUCCUUGCUGGCAUCUUCGGCCAUACGAAGAACUGCGAUGCGGCGCUCUUCAUCGCUGAGCCAGGCUGUUGUUGCUGGGUAGUCUGGGACGACAAAGUAUGUCACGAUGGCUGCGGGAUAAGUGGCACACCCUUCGAUGAUGACUAGACGGAACUUAGUCGAGUUAUAGAACACUGGAGAGGGGGACAUACAGAGCCAUCGCCAGUUGGCUAAGCCGGCCUUACCAUCCAUGCCAGCCAUGAUGGCACUUCCGAGAAGACCGCCAAAUGCACCAGCCAUCUGACCAGCUGCAUACAGAACCGAGAUACGAACUGCGAGUUCUUUCUUGGUAUACCAUGAACUAAACAAGAACAAAGCACCAGCUAUUCCAGUCAGACAAAUUCUCAUCAUCGAAAAGAGUGAGUAACUUACGAAAGAACGGUGCUUCUACAAAUCCAAGGAUGAAUCUCAAAGCUAUCAUUCCAUGAUAACUUUGCACAGCACCGGUGCAAGCACUAACAGUGGCCCAGCAGACCAUGAUACAAGGCUACCAAUCCAAGUUAGCAUUGUGAAAUAACGUGCCUACCAAACACUUGACUCGGAAACAUACCAAAAAGAUCGACGGUCGCAUCUUGUUUAGGAUCAUGUUAGUGGGUACCUGAGUCAGGAUGUAACCCACAAAAAAGAUGCUGAUGACGGUGUUGUACUGCUCGGCCACAAGACCGAUGUCUUCUUCGAAAUUACCGAGACGGGCGGUAGCAAUGUUGUUGCGGUCGAGAUAGUUGAGGAUGUCUUUCAUAGCGAGGUAUUAGUCUUUGCUGGUAUGAUAAAUGCAGCGAGCACUUACAGAGAAGCAUCAUUAGUGGCAUCAUUCGCUUAUCGAUUCUUCGAACGAGGGCAUUUUCUUUGAUAUCGCGAUUCUCGAUAUUGGCUGUUUCUCCACCGAGAGUCUCCAAAUGGAGUUCCUCGCUUGUCUCUUUGACAUCAGCCAUGAUGACAGACAGUUCUGUUAAUAAAUUGAUCACAAAACUACACUAAUCAACAACGAAAUUGAGAGAUCUUUUCAGGCGUAUUUAUUAACCCCAUCAGCCUGCCCAGACCAAGCAUCGCAUUUCUUGCCGAGAAUUCUACGACCAGAACCUGGGGUACGGGGGAGAUAGUCCGGGGAAACCAAGACGAGCGGGGAAAUAAACCUUGCAACGUAACCCCAUGAAUCAUGUAGAUCUUCAACUUGAACCAAUCCAAGAACAUUCCGAGCCGUUAUCCGAUGAGUGAGAUGCGCUAGGAGGGACGUUUGUUGUGUGUAGCCGAGCCGAGGAGAUGAGCGAGUUGUAUUGGUGAUGGUCAUGUAGUAAUGGCGACAUCCGACCUGCAUGGGAGGGGAUACUGGAAGGAAGACGCGGGGAAUAUGGAGAGCUCAGAGCGAAGAUCGAUAGUGACCCCAGAUUAUUGAUUCUGUUCUUGUGUUGGUAUCAUUUAUAUACCUGCUUUGACAAAAGUGCUGGGGGAUCUCUUGAGAACCAUAUCCCAACCUUCAGACAUUGUCUCUUCAGAUCUCAUUAUGCCUUCAGCCGAAAAGCCCAUAGUCCUCCAUAUUGGAGACCCAAUCAAGUACAACCACGAUCUCUACAAGAAGCUUGAGUCAAAAUUCACCAUCAUCCGCCCCUCGGCGGAAGAACGCCAACGCGGUGCUUUCCUCGAAGCUCUUCGCCAGAAGAAAUGGGGCGAUUUUCAGGCUGUCAUGCGACCCUUUUGGAUCACAGGCGGUGAAAUGGGACGCUGGGACAACGAGCUAAUUCCACUCUUGCCCAAGUCCAUGAAGGUUUACGCAUCAGCUGGUGCUGGAUAUGACUGGGCUGACGUUGACAUCAUGGCCGAAAGCCGUAUCCUUUAUUGUAAUGGAGCAGCUGCUUCGACUGAGGCUGUUUCUGACAUGGCGCUUUACCAUAUCAUUUCUGUGUUUAGGAAUAUGCAGUGGAGUAAUAUGGCUGCGAGAGGCAGUGAAGAGGAGUUUCGAGAUGCACAUGCUCAUACGCAACUCACAGCAUUCAACCCUCGCGGCCACACUCUGGGGAUAAUUGGUCUUGGCAACAUUGGAUACCAGAUUGCUCUCAAGACUCAUAAGGCUCUUGGUAUGCGCAUUGCAUAUUACGACCCCUUCCCCAAACCGCCAGAGCAAGAAGCAGCUAUCGAAGCAACAAACUACCCCAAGCUGGAAGACAUGCUCGCCAUCGCCGACUGUAUCGUCAUAGCUGCCCCCGGUGCAGGUGGAAACAAGAUCCUCGGCCGGGAGGAGAUAUCUAAGAUGAAGAAAGGAUCACGACUUGUUAACGUUGCACGCGGGAGUUUGGUAGACGAAGAAGCUGUGGCUGACGCCAUGGAUUCUGGACACUUGUUUGCAGUGGGCUUGGACGUUUUUGAGGAUGAGCCGAGACCGAAUCCGAGGUUGCAGAAGAUGAGGAAUGCAACUUUGACGUGCCAUACUGCUGGCGGUGCACUUGAUACGUCGAUUGGGUUUGAGAGAUUGGCUAUGGAGAAUGUUAUGGCUGUGUUGGAGGGGAAGGAUGCUAUUACGCCGGUGAACAAGCACCUGUUCAAGUAG